CUUAACAAAACACUGCCAGUCGGAAUUUUGGUAAUUUUGUAAACGAGGGAGGGGCGGCUCUCCCCGUCAACAUGCUGUGGAUAAAAGCUGAAGUGAGGCCCAGGUGGAGUCAUUGCGACGAAGAUGAUGAAGAACGUGGCUCUUUUCGCAGCUCUGCUGGCUUUGGUGUGUGUGUGUGAGGGUGUGACCUUCGGCCAGCUAUGCCAGGGGAACCCCAACAACAACCCAAGGACAUCAGACAGUUGGGGUCAAGGUCACUUUGGGGCCUCGCGAGGUGGCAGGUCUCACCUCGGUUUGGACAUCGCUUGCGACGACAACUCCGUGGUCUACGCUCCAUUUGACGUCACUCUCCGUGGGAGAAUCAUCGUCUAUUCUGACCCCGAGAAGGCAGCCAUCAACAAUGGCAUCAACCUGGAGGGUGAAGGUCUAUGUGUCAAACUCUUCUAUGUGGAUCCGGACAGGAUUUCGGGAAGCGUGAGCAAGGGCCAGCGUCUGGGCGUCAUGAUGCCCAUGCAGGAGGUCUACCCGGGAAUCACCUCGCACGUGCAUGUGCAGAUGUGCAACAAGGAGGACCCCACAGGGUACUUCUGAGGAUUGGGGUGGAGGCACUUUAAUGACCUUAAAUGGCACAUUUGGAUUUUAUUGACAGGAUCUAUUCAAAAAUUGGCACUCAAACAUGUGACAAUAUUUAUCUAUUGGAUUACUGCUAAUCAUAAGAAUAGCAAACAAGUAAAGCCUACUUUUAAAGUUUCAGAAGUUUUAUUUUUGCGUUAUUUCAUUUUGGACAACUUAUUGUUGUACAAAAUUUAUGUGUCAAAAAUAAAGAUGUCAAUGCAUUUUUGCAUAUCA